AUGGUUCCUCCAACUCCUCCUCCUCAUCACCAAGUUCGAAGAAAGCGCUCUCGUCAAGCCUUUGGGGUUCCACAGCAAGUGGUGGCGGGGAUCAUUCUGUUGCUCUGGUUGGGAGUAUUGUUGGUGGGAGUGGCGGUCUGUCACAGGUAUGAUACUACUAGUGCUGCUACUAGUACCGAUGCCAUGACCUUUUCAGCUACGGCCAACCGAAGAAACUUGCGAGAAGUGACUUCAGCUGUCACUGCGCUUGUCGUAUCCGACAGCCAACCACCAGUACCAGUACCAGUACCAGAGAAGAAACCUGCCCUGGCGUUGGACGAGAUUGUAGAGUACUUGGAGGGAUGGAUCACUCAACUGCACAAGCAACUGUUGGACAUUCCACGCCCUGCCGCUGUGGAAAGUGUUUGGGAAGCCUUUCACAACUUGACAGAGCAAACUCUGUACCCAUGGGACCAAGAGUACCUCACUCGCAUGCCGACCAGGAGAACCGAUGGGAGCAUCUUUCUCAGUGUCAUUUCGUAUCGAGACGAGCACUGUACCAACACACUGGAACAGGCAUAUGCGCAAGCACAGGACCCCGACAACUUGUUUGUCGGAUUGGUCCAACAAAACUGUUACAAGGACUGCCGCACCGGACUCCAGGAAGACGGGUUGUACCACAAGACGGAUCCAGAUCCAGACUGCUAUGAAACAUUCUGUCAAACCGACGUGGGGGCACCCCACUGUCAAGCCGGACGCGUGCGAGUGCUUCGCAUGGAAGAGCCAGAAAGCCUCGGGCCCUACAUGGCACGAUACCUAGCUUCCAAAAUAUGGUAUGGAGAAGAGUACUACAUUCAAAUCGAUUCACACAUGACCUUUGCACAAAGCUGGGAUGCCAUCUCCAUCUCCUCACUCCAAAAGGCUCCCUCCAACAAACCGGUCAUCAGCCACUAUCCUCCAUCACACAAGUUCGACCUCAAGACUUUUGAAAGAUUACCCGCUUCAAGGAUUUGCGGGCCUAUCUUCACGCCCAACACGAUCCGCCUCGAAGGAAGCCAGAUUUGGGAUAUCUGGAAGUUGGACACGCCUCGCUUUGCUCCCGUUCUCGGGGCUGGAUAUGUUGUGGCACAGUCUUCGAUUCUCAAGGAGGUACCCUAUGAUCCGUUUCUGCCAUGGGUAUUCAUGGGAGAGGAAAUCAUUCUGUCCGCACGGCUGUGGACAGCGGGAUAUGACUUUUUCUCACCGGCACAAGCCGUACUGGGACACAUUUACAAUCGAGAGCACACACCCAAGUUUUGGGAAUCGGUGCAUCGAGCUUUCACGCCAGGAUUGUACAAUGAGAUGCAGGAACUGGUUGGGGAACGGAUCAAGCAUCAGUUGGACUACCCCGAAUACUCUCGGGACAUGGUCGCGAGUAGUUCCAUCUUGACUGCCAGCGACCAGUACGCCAUGGGCACUACUGCUGAUCGAACUCUGGACGACUACAUGAAGAUGAUUGGCAUGAAUACCACCACCAAAGAAGUCACUCGAAUGGAGUGGUGUGAACAUGGACAACCACCACCCGGUUUUGAACAAUACAAACAUCUCUACGAACACAAAGGGCGAACGAGCGUGAGACGAAAGACACUGGCACAAAAAGUUGCUUCCGUGGCGUCCAAAGUACUUGUCGUGGUGCUGGGGCUGCUGUUGCUUCUACUUCCGUUAAGGAAACGCUGGCUCCGUCCUGGUCAAGACAACUGA